CACCUUAUCAUCAUCAUUUAACCACCAAAGAAGGGCCCUCGAUACAAAAAGCCAACACAACAUGCCUCCCGAGCGAAAACCCGCGCAAAAGCGCAGACAACUCCCCUUCAAACCACCAAGCCGAACCUCCUCCACCGCCGCCCCAGCAUCAUCAUCAUCAACCGCUGCAGCAACCACCAGCAAAUCCAAAGCCAAACCAGCCGAAAAGCCCAAAACCAAAGCCACAACUAAACCAACAACCAAACAAGCCCCUAAACCAGCAAAAGCCUCCUCAUCCAAAUCCGCACGCCCCCGACCAUCAUCACCCAGCCCCGCUGACUCCGAAGAAGACAGCGACAACGAUAACGCCUCUUCGUCCUCCGCCCGCUCGGACGCAUCAUCGCCGGAACCAGAACCAGAACCGGACUAUAUCCUUGCGGAGAUCAUCCACAAGGAUCAGCAAUCUGAUGAUGUGCUCACGAACGAUCCUGUUAUUCCGCCGAAGUUGUUGACAAGGCUACUACAUCAUCAUUUCCAGAAUGAGAAGACGAAGAUCGCGAAGGAUGCGAAUACGGUUGUCGCAAAGUAUGUGGAUGUUUUUGUAAGAGAGGCGUUGGCGAGGGCGGCAUUUGAAAGGAGCGAGGCUGUGGGGAAGGGGGCAGCGGUCGGGGAUGGGUUUUUGGAGGUUGAGGAUUUGGAGAAGAUGGCGCCGCAGCUUGUGAUGGAUUUUUAGAUGGGCUUAUGUUUUAUAUGGGCUGGGAUGGAGUUUUAUGGAUCUGGGUUUUACUCUGAUAUGGCUUAUGAUACCAGUGUUUGUACUGUGAAUGAUACUAAGUUUGAUGAGUGUC